AUGCGUUUGAUCAGUAAGGAAUUGCAGUCGGUGACAAAAGAGUUGGCUCAGUUGCGUGAGCAGUUGCUGGAAAAGGAUGAGGAGAUAGUGGAGUUGAAGGCAGAACGUAACAAUACGAGGCUUUUGUUAGAGCAUUUGGAAUGUCUCGUUUCGAGACACGAAAGAUCUUUAAGAAUGACUGUUAUGAAACGUCAAGCACAAAGUCCGGCAGGUGUUUCGUCCGAGGUGGAGGUGUUGAAGGCUUUGAAAUCGCUCUUCGAGCAUCAUAAAGCUCUCGAUGAAAAGGUACGUGAAAGACUGCGAGUUGCAAUGGAGCGUGUUGCCACGCUUGAAGAGGAACUGAAUGCGAAAGGAGAUGAAAAUUCAACGUUGAAAGCAAAAAUUGCCAAGUUAAGCGCAGAAGCUGAGGAAGCUUCUCAACAAGUACCGUCUUAUUAUUGCUAUCAUUACAGUUAUGAAUUUGAUCAUCAUCUGUCAACAAUCAAUGGUGCGGGUAAAAGGCAAACGAAUGGUGGUCUAAUGUGUGCAGAUACUGCAGCACGUUUAGUUGAGGUUCAAGAGGCAUGCGAGCGUUUAAAACAGGAGUUAGCAAAUAGUAUGAAACAAUGUGGUGAAUUAACAACGAGGAACACAGAGUUGGAAGGCCAAUUAUCAAACGCUCAAAAAGAGUCACAUCUUGGUCAGGAGCAUCUCACUAAAUUACAGCAUCAUUUACAUGAGGCUCAAGCUCAAAAGGAAGAUCAAGAAGCGAGAAUAUCAACGUUGGAGAGCCGCUAUCUUUCUGCGCAACGAGAAGCAACAUGUUUAAGGGAUCUGAACGAUAAAUUGGAACAUCAGCUCGCGAAUAAGGAUGCGGCGGUACGAUUAAACGAAGAGAAGGUGCAUAGUCUACAAGAGCGUUUGGAAUUGGCUGAAAAGCAACUGGCACAAAGCCUCAAAAAGGCCGAAUCGUUACCUUCUGUUGAGGCCGAAUUGCAACAACGAAUGGAGGCUUUAACCGCCGCAGAGCAGAAGCAAGUCUCGGCCGAGGAACAAGUGCAACGUUUACAACGACAAUUGGAAGAACGUUCAGCAGAGUUGGAACGUGCAAUGCAACGCGAGAAGAUGAACGAAGAGCACAAUCAGCGAUUAUCGUCAACGGUGGAUAAAUUGUUAUCGGAAUCGAACGAUCGUUUGCAGUUGCAUCUGAAGGAACGUAUGCAAGCUUUAGAUGAGAAGAACCGUUUAACGCAACAAUUGGAAAAUAACAAAAAGAUUUCUGAUCAGACCGAAAGGACGAAAGAACGUUUGAAUCGCGAUAACGAAAGUCUUCGUCAAGAGAUUGAUGUUCUUCGCAAUCAACUCUAUUCAGCACGAACGGCCCAAUAUCAUACAAGGUUGCAUAGCAUCGGUGGGUUUGUGCCAUCUUCAUCAAUAUUGGCACCGCCGUCUGUGACCGUCGGUAAUGGAGCAACGGCACCACCGCCAACGCAGCCAACUGCUGCAGCACCUCCUCCAGCAGUUUCGGUUUAUGCGGCUGGUUUAAGAAGGCCACAAAAGGGUCGUCUCCAGGCCCUUCAAGAAGAUCCAUCGAAAGUGCAAACACUUAACGAGCAAGAGUGGGAUCGUUUGCAACAAGCGCAUGUCCUUGCGAAUGUGCAGCAGGCAUUUUCGAGUUCGUCAUCAAUGAUGGACAUAACGAAUGCAGCAACGACGAUGCGUGGUGCUCAGGGUGCGGUAUCACAGAAUGUGGUCGUUUCAGGUGCGGCAGCACCUGCAGCUGCAGAUAUGCUUCUAGGCGCAAAUGGUGGUGGUGUAUCCCAGCCAGGACCAGCAUCAGCAGCCAAUGCGACCGCCACGGAUCCGCAUACAUUAGCAAGUAUGCUUCAAGAAAGACUGGACGCGAUCAACUCACAGAUUCGCUUGAUUCAACAAGAGAAGACGCACGCUGAACGUGUUGCUGAACAGUUGGAGAAUCGUGUGGCACGAGCUGUUGACGGUGCUGCUCCUUCAACUGCUCCCAGUAAUCUUCUUUACGCUCUUGACGAUUACCCGCAAAAUAUAUCAGCUCGUUCAACGCCAAGAAAUUCACCUCAACAUGACUUCCUCGUUACCAAAUACAAUACGUUACCUGCAAACGCAUCAACCUCACAUCUGCAUGGCCAAGCAGUGCUUGAUGCUUAUGGACAACCGUUCUUGGACGACACUAUGCUUGAAAGCGAAUAUAAUAUGGCAAGACGAUCAUUGCGACUUGACAAUAUGCAACGUCAGAUACAUAACCGCAUGGAUGAAGAGAUGGGUCAUUCGCUGAACGAACGCCAAUCACCGGUUUCAUCAAUAGGUUCAUCAUCGUGUCAAGAUCAGCAAUCACCGUCGUCUGCAACUGCAGUAACCGCAAUGUAUAGUGGAAUCAUGAAUAAGAGUAGCACUAAAAAGCGAUCGACAAGUGCUUAUUCGGAUAGUGAGAUGUCAUCGGGUGGUGAAGGAUUGACAGGCGUGGGUGGUGCUUUGAGCGGAUCGAUGAUGAGCGGUUUAGCAGUGCCCAAAAAGACAGGUGCUAUGGCGAGCAGUACACUUGGAAUGGUGCAGAUGAACGCAACAACCACUAUGAAUGGCGUUGCUAAUACUUCAUCACAGUUGUCAUCGCAUAGUGCCGCAGCUGAUUUCGAUCGACGCAAGAAGAAGAAAUAUGAAUUACUCGAAGAGGCGAUGAAGGCGAGGACGCCGUUCGCGUUAUGGAAUGGACCAACAGUAGUGGCAUGGCUCGAGCUAUGGGUUGGUAUGCCGGCGUGGUACGUGGCUGCUUGUCGAGCGAAUGUUAAGAGUGGUGCUAUCAUGAGCGCUUUAUCCGAUCAAGAGAUCCAACGAGAAAUCGGUAUCAGCAACCCACUGCAUCGUCUCAAGUUACGACUCGCCAUUCAGGAAAUGGUAUCGUUGACAUCUCCAUCAGCACCACGAACUGCACGAACCACACUAGCAUUUGGGGAUAUGAAUCACGAAUGGAUCGGUAAUGAAUGGUUGCCGUCGUUAGGAUUAGGUCAGUAUCGAUCAGCGUUCAUGGAAUGUCUUUUGGAUGCGCGUAUGCUGGAGCAUCUCUCGAAGCGUGAUCUUCGAACGCAUCUCAAAAUGGUUGAUAAUUUUCAUCGCGCGAGUUUGCAGUAUGGCGUUAUUUGUUUGAAGAAAUUGAACUAUGACAAGAAAGUUUUGCAAGAAAGGCGUCGCGCAUGUGAGACUGUCAAUCGAGAUGUAUUGGUAUGGUCGUGUGAACGUGUUGCUAGAUGGGUGGAAGAGAUCGGAUUAGGUACGUAUGCAUCGCAACUUCAUGAUUCGGGUGUUCAUGGUGCAUUGAUUGCUUUGGAUGACACGUUCGAUGCGCAGUCGUUAGCGUUAUCACUGCAAAUGCCACCGCAAGAUACACAUUCUAGACAGGUGCUUGAAAGACACUUCAAUGCACUUGUCGCAGAGUAUCGUAGCUCAGGCGCAGCCUCAGGGGGUGCGGGUUCUGGCGGUGGUGGAACUGGUGCUAUGUCGGGCUGUGCAGCUGGAGGAGGUGGUGGUGGUGGAGGAGGAGGUUGUAACAUUGCUCACGUUACUGCGGCCACUUCUAAUUGA